ACUAUCUCAAUUAUUUCAAUUUAAUACCCAUUUCCACUGCAAAAUUACAAUUACCCUAAACCCAAACCCAAGUGAUCGCUUCAAUUUACUGUUUUCUUAGAAGAAACCGAGACCAAAUGGAAAACAUCACCACCAAACCUCUUCUUACUCCCUACAAACUUGGCAAAUUCAAUCUUUCCCACAGAGCUGUAUUGGCGCCAUUGACAAGACAAAGAUCUUACAACAACGUUCCUCAACCACAUGCCAUUCUGUACUAUUCCCAGAGAACUUCCAAAGGAGGUUUAUUGAUCGCUGAGGCUACUGGAGUUUCUGAUACAGCCCAAGGGUAUCCAGAUACACCUGGUAUAUGGACAAAAGAGCAAGUUGAGGCCUGGAAACCCAUUGUUGAUGCUGUUCAUGCUAAAGGUGGAGUCUUCUUUUGUCAGAUUUGGCACGUUGGAAGGGUUUCAAAUAAAGGUUUUCAGCCAAAUGGACAAACUCCGAUCUCUUCUACUGAUAAGCCAGUGACACCACAAGUUCGACUUAAUGGAAUAGAUGUUGCGGAGUUCUCAACUCCGAGACGAUUAAGGACAGAUGAAAUUCCUCAAAUUGUCAAUGAUUUCAGAAUUGCAGCAAAGAAUGCAAUCGAAGCUGGUUUCGAUGGAGUUGAGAUUCAUGGAGCUCAUGGCUACCUAAUAGAACAGUUUUUGAAAGAUCAAGUGAAUGAUCGAACAGACCAAUAUGGUGGAUCACUAGAAAACCGGUGCCGAUUUGCCUUGGAGAUAGUUGAAGCCGUGGUCAAUGAAAUAGGAGCAGAUAAAGUUGGAAUACGGCUAUCUCCCUAUACAGAAUUCAUGGAAGCAGGGGACUCUAAUCCGGAAGCAUUAGGCCUCUACAUGGUGGAGGCCUUGAACCAAUAUGGAAUACUCUACUGCCAUAUGGUGGAGCCAAGAAUUAAAAAGGGGGGAGAAGUGAGUGAAUGUCCUCAAAGUCUUGUGUCAAUGAGAAAGGCUUUCAAUGGCACUUUCAUUGCUGCAGGAGGCUACGGUAGAGAUGAUGGAAACAAUGCUGUGGCUGAGAACCGCGCGGACCUUAUUGCAUACGGCCGAUUGUUUUUGGCCAAUCCAGAUUUGCCAAGGAGAUUUGAGCUUGAUGCCCCUCUGAAUAAGUAUGACAGGAAUACAUUCUAUAUAUCCGAUCCAGUCAUUGGUUACACUGAUUACCCAUUUCUUGAAGCUAAUGGCAAUGCUUAAUUUUCCCCAGGAGGAGAAGAAGAGACGUGUUUUCAGUUGUUUUAUUCAUUAUUUCCAGAUGGAAUCCAUGGAUGUUGCUCUUUUCCUUUUUCUGUUUAAUUCACAAAAUUGUGUACCAAAACCACUUAUAUUAAUAAAAUCCCAGUAUACUAGUUGUUAGACGUUUGA